AUGGACAAUAUAUCAAGUACCGAGUCGCAAUGGCUGUCACAGCUGGCUGCGAUGCGCCAGGCUAUUGCAGACCUGAAGCUGCCGAAUGAUCAGAACAUCGAAUCCAUCAGUUAUGGAAGUGAUAUCGACUUGGAUAUUGACGACGAUUAUUCCUCGCCAGGAACCGUUGACGAUGUGUGGGACAUCAUCAGCUCCGAUGACGAGGAGGAUAGCGGCUUGGACGACACUGCCGAUGUGCACGACUACUCUGCUCCCUCGCAGUCAAAGGCGUACGAUCGAACAUGGUUGGAAGAACGAUGCCUCGACGUGGUCAUGCGAAACCCGACGAUGAAUGCCGAGGAAUUGUCGCAGCAAAUUAUCGCCACCCUCGCCACGGACAGUGAUGAUGCUGAAUUGCAAAUGUCGCUCGCUGAAGUAGUCGGGUUCGACGACCUGGAUCUGGUGAUCGAGCUCAUCGCUCACCGCGGCGAAAUUUUGUCAGACAAGCCUCGGCAAGGGGAAGCACAAACCGACGGACUGGCUUCGGGCAAACUCCAAACUCGAGCAGAGAGAGCACAGGCCUUGCGAGAGCGUGAUUGGCAACACAAGAACGCUCCGUUGUUGGCUGCGCAAAGCCGCACCGAACCUCAAUACCCGCAUGUCUACAAACUUCAUACCUCCGGAAAUUUACUCUCUUCAAACGGCCGGAAGUAUGGUCUCCCAAUCGGCAGUCGGGAGAUCGAAGAGCCCAAGUAUACGGAGUUUGAGAUUCCAGCUUCCAGCGUGGGAGCAGUGCGUCCUAACCAAAAGCUUGUAGAGAUUGCUGGCCUAGAUGGCCUUUGUCGGGGAACCUUCAAGGGCUACAAGUCACUCAAUCGAAUGCAGAGCUUGUUGUAUGAUGUCGCUUACAAAACAAAUGAGAACAUGCUCAUUUGUGCGCCCACUGGUGCUGGUAAGACAGAUGCCGCAAUGCUCACAAUUUUGAACGCGAUCGGGAAGAACACUUCUCCAAACCCGCUCGAAGUGCCCGAUGCCACUGAGUUCACCGUUCAAGUAGAUGACUUUAAAAUUGUCUACGUGGCUCCUAUGAAAGCUCUUGCUGCCGAGGUCACCGAGAAGCUGGGCAAGCGACUGGCGUGGCUGGGUAUCCAGGUCCGUGAGCUCACGGGUGAUAUGCAACUGACGAAACGAGAGAUUGUCGAGACUCAAAUCAUCGUCACAACCCCUGAGAAAUGGGACGUUGUGACGCGCAAAAGUACAGGCGAUACCGAGCUUGUUCAAAAAGUCCGACUGCUCAUUAUUGAUGAAGUUCACAUGCUUCACGACGAGCGUGGUGCUGUGAUCGAAUCCUUGGUGGCUCGAACCCAACGACAAGUGGAGAGCACUCAAUCGCUGAUUCGCAUUGUCGGUCUCUCUGCCACGCUACCCAAUUACAUAGAUGUGGCAGACUUCCUGAAGGUCAAUAAGAUGGCAGGACUGUUUUUCUUCGAUUCUUCAUUCCGACCAGUACCACUAGAGCAGCACUUCAUCGGCGUCAAGGGUAAGCCGGGAUCGAAGCAAUCUCGUGAAAACCUGGAUGUCGUUGCGUUUGAAAAGGUCCGUGACAUGGUGGAAAGAGGUCACCAGGUUAUGGUCUUUGUUCACUCUCGCAAAGACACCGUUCUAACUGCACGGCUGCUCAAGCAACUGGCUGCAGAAGAAGGCUGCGAGGACUUGUUCAGCUGUCAAGAUCACGAAGGAUACUCCAACGCUUUGCGUGACAUGAAGCAUGCGCGAGCUCGAGAGCUUCGUGACAUAUUCGCAAGCGGUUUUGGUACGCAUCAUGCCGGCAUGAGCCGAAGCGACCGCAACCUCAUGGAGCGGAUGUUUUCCGAGGGGCUGAUCAAAGUCCUGUGCUGUACGGCAACUCUCGCCUGGGGUGUCAACUUACCAGCCGCAGCCGUUGUCAUCAAGGGAACCCAGCUGUACAACCCACAGGAAGGUAAAUUCGUUGACCUGUCUAUUCUCGAUGUCCUUCAAAUCUUUGGUCGUGCUGGUCGUCCUCAAUUUCAAGAUACUGGUAUCGGUUUCAUUUGCACCACGCAUGACAAAUUGCAGCACUAUCUGUCUGCCGUGACAGCCCAACAGCCUAUUGAGUCGAAGUUCUCCAGUCGUCUUGUUGAUAACCUGAAUGCCGAGAUUGCACUUGGCACCGUGACGUCCAUUUCUGAAGCCGUGCAGUGGUUGGGUUAUUCGUACCUCUUUGUUCGCAUGAAGCGUGAACCUCGCAAUUACGGUAUCGAGUACGCGGAACUGAGGGAUGACCCAAUGCUCGUGCAAAGACGGCGACAGCUGAUCAUUCAGGCUGCGCAAACGCUGCAAAAAAGUCAAAUGAUCAUCUAUAAUGAAAAGACGGAAGAUCUGAAGGCCAAGGAUGUUGGACGUAUUGCAAGCCAAUAUUAUGUUCUGCAGACAAGUAUCGAAAUUUUUAAUGACCAGAUGCGCCCUCAAUCUGGCGAAGCAGAUGUUCUCCGGAUGAUCAGUUUGAGCGGUGAAUUUGACAACAUUCAAGCCCGAGACAGCGAGUCGAAGGAGCUGCAACGACUUCGCGACGAGGUUGUGCAGACAGAAGUUGAAGGUGGCAACGAUUCCCCUCACGCAAAGACAAACAUUCUACUGCAAUCAUACAUAUCUCGUGCUCGGAUUGAGGACUUUGCCCUUGUCUCUGACACAGGCUACGUUGCCCAGAAUGCCGCCCGCAUUUGUCGAGCGUUGUUCAUGAUCGCUUUGAAUCGUCGUUGGGGCUAUCAGUGCCAGGUUCUGCUUUCAAUGUGCAAGUCGAUUGAGAAGCAAAUUUGGCCCUUUGACCAUCCAUUCCAUCAAUUCGACUUGCCCCAGCCUGUCCUGCGAAACUUGGAUGAGAGGCUCCCCACAUCAUCAAUCGAGUCCAUGCGGGAAAUGGACUCGGCAGAGAUCGGUCAGCUUGUCCAUAAUCAAAAGAUGGGCAAGACUCUGACCAAAUUACUGGACAACUUCCCCACUCUGAGCGUCGAAACUGAGAUUGCACCCCUGAACAGGGAUGUUUUGCGAAUCCGGCUUUUGAUUUAUCCUGAAUUUAGUUGGAACGAUCGUCACCAUGGAAGCUCUGAAUCCUUCUGGGUAUGGGUUGAGAACUCAGAGACCUCGGAGAUCUACCAUCAUGAGUAUUUCAUUCUUAGCCGCAAGAAGCUCUACGAUGACCAUGAACUCAAUUUUACUAUUCCGCUUUCCGAUCCACUGCCCAGUCAGAUCUAUAUUCGGAUUAUUUCGGAUCGCUGGCUAGGCGCUGAGACCGUCAGUCCCGUGUCCUUCCAGCAUCUGAUUCGUCCCGACACUGAGAGUGUCUACACCGAUCUCCUCAACUUGCAGCCGCUUCCCAUCUCCGCGCUCAAAAACCCCAUACUUGAGGAGGUGUACGGUCAGCGAUUCCAAUUCUUCAACCCCAUGCAGACUCAGAUCUUCCACCUUCUUUAUCACACCGCUUCCAAUGUGCUUCUGGGAUCUCCUACCGGUAGUGGUAAGACUGUUGCCGCAGAAUUGGCUAUGUGGUGGGCCUUCCGUGAGAAACCUGGCUCCAAGGUCGUCUACAUUGCUCCUAUGAAAGCUCUCGUUCGCGAGCGUGUCCAGGAUUGGCGCAAACGUCUGACAGGCCCGAUGGGCUUGAAGCUAGUUGAGCUGACUGGUGACAAUACGCCGGAUACCCGAACCAUCAGAGACGCGGACAUUAUCAUCACCACCCCUGAGAAAUGGGAUGGUAUCUCGCGUAGCUGGCAGACUCGAGACUAUGUGCGCAAGGUUAGCCUUGUUAUCAUCGACGAGAUUCAUCUUCUCGGAGGUGACCGAGGCCCUAUCUUAGAGAUCAUUGUAUCUCGUAUGAACUACAUUGCCUCCCAAUCCAAGGGAUCUGUCAGACUGAUGGGCAUGUCCACUGCUUGUGCAAACGCCACCGACCUCGCAAAUUGGCUCGGUGUCAAGGAAGGAUUGUACAACUUCCGACACUCUGUCCGUCCGGUCCCACUUGAGAUUUUCAUUGACGGUUUCCCGGAGCAGCGUGGAUUCUGUCCUCUCAUGCAAUCCAUGAAUCGUCCAACAUUUUUGGCCAUUAAGAAUCAUUCGCCCGAGAAACCAGUGAUUGUGUUUGUCGCGUCCCGUCGACAAACCCGUUUGACGGCUAAAGACCUGAUCAACUACUGUGGCAUGGAAGACAAUCCUCGUCGAUUCGUGCGAAUGUCCGAGGAAGACUUGGAAUUGAACCUGGCACGAGUCAAGGAUGAUGCAUUGCGAGAGGCGCUCAACUUUGGAAUCGGCCUUCAUCACGCCGGUCUUGUCGAGUCUGACAGGCAACUAGCAGAGGAGCUUUUCGCUAACAACAAAAUCCAGAUCCUGGUGGCCACCAGUACCCUGGCAUGGGGAGUCAAUCUUCCCGCCCAUCUCGUUGUGGUCAAGGGCACCCAGUUUUUUGACGCCAAGAUUGAAGGCUAUCGUGACAUGGAUUUGACCGAUGUUCUUCAAAUGCUUGGUCGCGCUGGCCGUCCCCAGUUCGACAACUCAGGCAUUGCACGUAUCUUCACCCAGGAUUCUAAGAAGGCGUUCUACAAGCACUUCUUACACACCGGUUUCCCCGUGGAGUCAACUUUGCACAAAGUGCUUGACAAUCACUUGGGCGCUGAAGUAUCCGCCGGAACGAUCGGCACGAAACAGGAUGCACUUGAUUAUCUGACAUGGACAUUCUUCUUCCGUCGUCUCCACAAGAACCCUUCAUAUUACGGCCUCGAGAUCUCCGCGGAAGAGCAAAACACCAUGGCGGCGCAUGCUACUGCCCAAGAGUUUAUGAUUGAGUUGGUUGAUAAUUCGCUUAAUGACUUGGCAGAGUCUUCCUGUGUCUUGGUGGACUCUGCAACUGGUGAAGUGGACUCGACGCCGUUUGGCAAGAUCAUGAGUUACUACUAUCUUUCCCACAAGACCAUCAGGUACCUGAUGUCACAUGCCAAGCGAGAGCCCUCCUUCCAAGAUGUUCUUAGCUGGAUGUGCUCUGCUACCGAAUUUGACGAAUUGCCAGUCCGCCACAAUGAAGAUCUCAUCAACGCUGAACUGGCACAAAACCUACCGCUUUCUACGGAGUCCAUGGGCGAUAUUCCAAUGUGGGAUCCCCACGUCAAGGCGUUCCUCUUGCUGCAAGCUUAUAUGUCUCGCAUUGAUCUCCCAAUCUCCGAUUAUGUCGGUGAUCAAACGUCUGUCCUCGACCAAGGCAUUCGUAUCAUCCAAGCGUCUAUCGAUGUCAUGGCUGAACUUGGAUUCAUCCCCGCGUGCGAAAUGUUCAUCGCUCUGUUGCAGUGUAUCAAAUCUGCACGCUGGCCAGAUGAUCAUGCGCUAUCUAUCCUUCCCGGUAUCCAAGCUGACAAGCCACCUCGUGGGCUUCCCGGUACUUUGGUCAAGCUAUCCUCGCAGCCAAAGUCUACACUCUUUGAUCUGGUCAAGAAGCUCAACCUGCACCCGGGCUUCAGCAAGGCGGCCAAUAACCUGCCGAAUGUGUCUAUUGCUGUCGCUGGCAUUUCUCCAAAGGGUCUGAGUGUCUCUAUUACGCGCCACAACAAUCCCACCAACCCCGAAUAUCGUAUCUACGCGCCGAAGUUCCCCAAGCCACAAACCGAGGGCUUCUUCCUAAUUGUAUGCAGUGCUCGUCCAGAUGGUUCUGACGGCGAGCUUCUCGGUCUCAAGCGUGUCUCAUGGUCUUCCUCAACUGGACAUAAUGGCAAAUCUCAAGGCCGCGGAGGUGCAGCGCCUGGCUCAAGCCGUGGCGGUGCGGCUAGUGGCAGAGGGCGCAAUGCCAACGCUUCGCUCACUGUACGCUCACUGGUCAAAUUCCCGAGUGCUGCAUUUGUUCAAAACCUUUCCCUGACCAGUAAUGGUGUCACGCGGGUCAAUGUGAAGCUCAUCAGUGACUCGUAUCCUGGCAUGCAGUGGAAUUUGUCCAACGUUGAAGUCGAAGUUGCAUCCGCUUCAGGCACUUCGACGCAAACGGUGCCUACCCAGGUGGUGGAGCCUUCUUCAAGCGUCAGCCUGAAAGACGAUACUGCAUAA